AUGUCCAUCACAACGGACUCAUCUACGCUGCGUUGGCGGCUGCGUGGCUCGUCUACUGGCACUGCACCAGUCGGCCUGACCCUCCCUGUGUCUUGCGGAGAGCUUCGCGCGCAUCUAAAGCUGCAGAUGGGAGUAGCUGCUCUCCCGGCUAUUGACUUGCUGCUAUCUCUUGAGGAGUCUCCCGAUGAGGUCCUGGCAGAUAGCAUGCUACUGCACCAGCCGCUGUGCAUCCUCGUACAGCGGAAGCCUGCCGCAGCCGCCGCCGCUGCACAGCGCGAAGCAGAAGCGAAGUACCAACAGCACAUGCUCGAUCAGCAGCAAGCAGUCAGCUCCUCAGAGCAGCGCGAUGAGGCUCCUACUGGUGUCGUUCCCAGUGCUGCUGGUUCGAGUGGUGCGGGGGCAUCCUUGGUAGCAGCAGCCAACUCCACCAGCAUGCCCUAUCUAGGCAGCGAAGACGCUACACCUGGAGCAGCAGCAGCAGCCACAGAUGAGGAGCGGCUGCUGCUGCAGGCAGUGCUCGACGUGCACGAUACUCGCAAAGGCUUUCUCAGGGGAGAGAGCAGCAGCGCCAACAGUAGGACCCAGGGCAGCCACAACCUUAUGUGGCUACGACCUCAGGAGGAAGGGGGCCCUGCCACGAGUUUCCCUUCUGCGUAUCGCUCUCACAGCAGCAGCAGCAGCGGCGCUGCAGCUGCUGCAGCGCGGCAGCACCAGCAGCAGGUGUACCAGCAACAGCAGCAGCAUUAUGCGGCAGCAGCAACAGCAGUGCCCCCUGAUUACAUAUGCCACAUGUGCGGUGAAAUGGGGCACCACAUCAAGAACUGCCCCAAGUCUGCAGAUGCUAAGCAGCAGAAGAAGAUUAGACCAGCGACAGGCCUUCCGUCCUCCUUUCUGAAAGACAUCGACCCAUCUGAAAUCCACAAGCACCAGGAAGUGUACAUUAAGAAAGAUGGCAGCUUUGCUAUUUUGAAGACGGGGACCAUCGGCGGAUUGUCCGUUCUGGGGUCGUCGCUCGACGUGCGAAUACAGCGCCACGUAGGUGGAGCCUCGCAUCUCAAAUGCGGGUGCUGCGGUGCUCUAUUCAGGGCACCCACGCUGACUCCUUGCUGCGGUGAGACCUUUUGCAGAUCGUGCAUCAUCCUGUACAUGCAGCAGCACCCUGCUGCUGCUGCCAGCAGCAGCAGCAGCGGUGCUGGAGGAGGCCUUUCAGGCCUGUGCCCUGGAUGCAACACGGCAAUUGCUGCAGCUGAUCUUGCUGCUAACACCGUGCUGCAGCAGAGUGUUGACACUGUCACUUGCACCAACACGCCUCGCUGGCCAUGGCAACAGCAUUCGCACCAGCAGCAGGAUGUGGCAGCUCCCAGUGCAUCAGCGGGGGUAUUCACAAAGAGCGAGAGCCCGCAGCCGGGAUCGCUUGCUGAUUUACUCUCCAGAAGAAGGCCAUUGGCGACAUCUACCCAAGACGCUCCAGAAGCUGCACCAGCGGCAGCAGGAACAGCCGAGGUGUCUGAAGUCUUGGUGAAGGUGAAGGCCGAACACUCGGAUCCCUCUCAACCCGUUGAUGCAUCAGCGCCAACAGCAACACAAGCUCCAUCUAUGCCACCGACUGCAACGGAAGCGCCUCUUCCGGCUCCAGAAGAGGCCAACGACCAGGGGCAUACAGCAGCAGCAGAUGCAGCAGUGGUGCCCGUGAUAGCCGUUACGGCAGAAUCAGCAACAGUGAAAGAAGCGGCCUCGUCAAAUGGGGGAGAAGAAGAGACUCUUCCAGAUAUUAGGGACCUGCUGCACUUCAAUAUUCCAGUGGAACAAAUUGUUGAGCAACACCGCAUUGCCGCAUCGCAAAUAAGGGCAUACAGAGAGAAGCGGAAGGCUGCGGUAGCAUUAGGAGCAGGCUGCUAA